AUGGUCUCGCGAAAGCGCACCCGUUCGGAGGUGGAUGCUGCCCCCGAGCAGCCACCGGAGGAACCUAGUCUCCUUGACCGGCUUCGCAGUUGCUGGGAGUUUGCCAAUAUCAUGCAGUAUAUCACGAUCUUUGGAAAACUUAUGAAGAUUGACGAGGAUUUCGGGAUUGAGGACCUGGAGAAUGAAUGUCUAAAGCCCGAGCCGUCGGAGAAACUCUUGGAAAUUGGUCUCUGUCUUCUGAAAUGGGUUUCGUCGCAUCGCGGUCUCACGUUCGAUAAUUUCGAUGAGUACACGCGACGUCAGUACAAUGCCAAAGCCCCCCAUCUUCCGAACCCCUUCGGGUACGACGAGGUCCCGAACAAGUUCUCCGAAUUUGAUGUCUUCUUGAAACUUCGCGUCCUUCACCAGCUUUCGGUGUGGACUUUUUGGAAUCCUGAUCGCAUUCGCGACAAGAUGCCGGAACAGAAGGAAACUGACCAGAUACAAUGGCGGAUAGAGGAAGUAGGUUACGAUCGCGAAGGUCGCUACUACUAUAUCUUGGAUGAUAAUAGACUAUACCGUCGCACCGAUCCACCCAUCCCUCCUCCGAAACCCGCCAAAUCAAAGACAAAGAAGAAGAGUGCUCGAGCCGUGAGGGCGUCGAAGCGGAGAAAGGUCUCUGGCGUGGUCCCCGACAACGAGUCGUCGGAUGAGAAUGAGAAUGGCUUCGCUUCCAAUGUCGAUCGUGAUCCUUUUCACGACAUGCAGUGGGAAUGCAUUGCGAUCACUCUGUCGGACUACAGGCAGUUUUUGGAUUCAAUCCGAAAAACAAAGGAUGCAGAUGAGAAGAUCCUAAGAGAUAGGAUCGAGGAGCAAGUGAUGCCGGUGAUUGAGAGGGAAGAAGAGGCCCAGCAGCGGCAGAAGGCCAAACGGGAAAAGGAGCUUUUCAACCUGCAGCUGCUCGCGGGCGCCAAGCGCUCGAGCCGCAUCGCCGGAAAGGCUGAGAAGGAGCGACACGAGCGUGAGAUGGCAGAAGCUGAACGUAAAAAGGAGGCGGAACUCGCUGCCGCCCGCAAGAUGGAGGAGAAAAAGAACAAGAUGGAGGAGGAGAGGCGCUACCGCAUCAUGAGCCGUGAAGAGCGUAUCAAAGAACGCGAGAAGAAGCGUCUGUUGCACGAGUCUGAAGUACAGAGGAUAGAAGAGGAGCAGGAAAAACUCCAGCGGGGCGAGAGUAGGGCGUCUGAAAGACACCUGAGGGCCGAACUGGAGAAGCAACGGAAGAAUCUGGAAGGACUGUCUUCAGAGGAUGAAUGGUUCUUUGACUGCUCUGGCUGUGGUGUACAUGGAGAGAACCUGGACGAUGGCUCCCAUAGUGUCGCAUGCGAGAAGUGUAACGUGUGGCAGCACAGCAAGUGCCUUGGGAUCGCGCAGGAUGAAGCGGAGCGAGAGGACUUCCAUUUUAUCUGUCGCGACUGUAAACGACGAGAAGAGGAAGCGAAAAUGCCGAAACUACCACCAUUGAAAUUUCGAGUCGGCUUGUCUCCGUCAUCUGCUCCUGCCGUCGAGAGUGCUGAGAAGCGCCAAAAUAAGCCCGUUGCUCAUACUUUUGUGCCAUACAAACCAGAGACCGACUAUAUCCCAUCGACCGCCCCGAAUAUGUCCCCAUCCAAACUCCCUGCCAUGCAGCCAUCUCUGGUACCACGGAACGCUACGCAGUUGCCUAUUCCUUUCCCUCUAUCCCCGGAGCGUCGACCUCAGUCCUCCCAUGUGACCUCGUUCAGCCCCCCUCGGGUCCCAUUCUCGCCGUCCAAGGGUGUGAAUAGUUUCAACGGCCUGACACCAUCUAGAGAGCAACUUCACAAGCUGCCACCGAUCCAGCAAAUUGCUCCCCAACCGCCCAAUCCCCAUGGAUCCCUCAACGGUGGAUCCUUAUACUCACAACGUCCAUCUUCAUCCCAUUCUGUCCAAAGCCAGAGCAUGGCCUCGCCCAUCCAGAACCGUCCGUCGAUGUCCCCGACCCAGGGCAAUCGUGACGUCGGUCCUCUUGCGGGAUUUCCGCCUCCUUCGUCGGAGAAUCCAGUUCCGUGGACCCCCUUCAAGCAACAUCAACAGGUGUCACGUCCAAGCAACGGGAAUUAUCCUUCUUUCUCUUCGAUUCACAGCGGACAUGCAUCGUUCAUGGCCACUCCGGGAAGUCACUCUUCCCCUCCGCAAAGCUCACACGGGGCACCGCCGCUCUCAGGGAUCAGCCCGACCAAACAAUCACCACGACCUAUGACAUCUGGCAGCAUUGCAGGUGCGCCGGUUCUUCCGCCGAUUCAGAAACUGGAACCGAGCCCGAAGCUGAUGGGGCGCAGCUCACCUGACGCACCUAUCCCGCCACCCGUCAAAUGCAUGACUCCAGAGCAGGAAGAGCGGCGACAGCGGGAGAAUGCCAUGAUGUUCCAGGCCCAGUCUCACGGUGCGUCCAACGGCCAGCCAUCGGUACUUUCAUCUCCGUCAUUUAACCGGAUACCUCCUUUCGGUCCGGCCCCGGCGCACAGACCUGAUACUCAGCGUGAUACGGUGAGCAAGCAGAUAGGAGCUGUCCUUUGGACUUAA